CAGUGGCCUCCUGCCAUAUUUAUUCAUGCCGGGCAAGAUGGCGGCGAAACGGACGAGAUGUUCCUGCCAGUGAGCACAUAAUAGGCGUUUUAUUAAUAAUAUUAAAACGAGCGGGAUUCUUGUACACACCUGACUGCAUCGCGUGUGUAUUUUUCCCGUAGCGAGUGUGGAGGUCGUUUUCAUUUUUCAAGUUUUCGCCGUUUUUUCCCUCUUACAAAAUGUUCCCGUUGUGAGUCGCUCGCUUAUCGAGCAGCUGGCUAACAGAGCAGUCAGGAGCUAGUUAGCUCUCUAUCAGAGUGGAGAAUGGGAGAAAAGCUGGAGCUAAAGCUCAAAUCGCCGGUUGGAGCGGAACCCGCUGGUUAUCCCUGGCCGUUACCAGUAUACGAUAAACACCACGAUGCUGCUCACGAAAUCAUCGAGACCAUUCGGUGGGUGUGUGAGGAAAUCCCUGACCUCAAACUUGCAAUGGAAAAUUAUGUUCUCAUCGAUUAUGACACCAAGAGCUUUGAGAGCAUGCAGAGACUUUGUGACAAGUACAACAGGGCCAUUGACAGCAUCCACCAGCUGUGGAAGGGGACUACCCAGCCCAUGAAGCUAAACAAGCGUCCUUCCAACGGGCUGCUGAGACAUAUCCUACAGCAGGUGUACAACCACUCAGUGACCGACCCCGAGAAGCUGAACAACUACGAACCCUUUUCCCCUGAGGUGUAUGGAGAGACCUCCUUUGACCUGGUGGCUCAGAUCAUCGAUGAGAUGGAAAUGAUGGAAGAAGACACAUUCGUUGACCUUGGCAGUGGAGUGGGGCAGGUGGUGCUGCAGGUUGCAGCAGCAACAAACUGUAAACACUACUAUGGAGUAGAGAAAGCAGACAUUCCAGCUAGCUAUGCAGAGACCAUGGAUAAAGAGUUUAAAAAGUGGAUGAGAUGGUAUGGGAAGAAGCAUGGGGAGUACACACUGGAGAGAGGCGAUUUUUUAUCUGAGGAGUGGAAAGAAAGGAUAGCCACCACAAGUAUUAUUUUUGUGAAUAACUUUGCCUUUGGUCCAGAAGUAGAUCACCAACUGAAGGAGCGCUUUGCAAACAUGAAGGAAGGAGGCAAAAUUGUGUCCUCCAAACCCUUUGCACCUUUAAAUUUUCGAAUCAACAGUCGAAACUUGAGCGAUAUUGGCACGAUAAUGCGCGUGGUGGAACUCUCUCCAUUGAGGGGCUCGGUGUCGUGGACUGGAAAGCCCGUUUCCUACUACCUUCAUACCAUAGACCGCACUAUACUUGAAAACUAUUUUGCCAGUCUAAAGAAUCCUAAACUCAGGGAGGAGCAAGAGGCAGCUAGACGACGUCAACAAAAGGACACAAAGGACAACAAAAGCAAUAACACCACCCCCACAAAACCUAAGGAGCAAAACAAGCAGCAGCAGGACUCCGGUGGUGAGGAGGAGCGUCCUAGCCUGAUGACCGUGGUCAAGCCCCCUCCCAAACCCCGAAGAACUCGGCUGCUGGCCAAAGGUCGCAAGCUAAACAACAAGAAACGCGGUCGACCCAAGAAAGCCACCCCUGCUGCUGAGAAGAACAAGAAGAAUCAGAGCGCAUUAGAUCUGCUGCAUGCUAAGACUCUUUCUGCAGCACCACCUCAGGAUGCAUACCGGCCACCUCAGACUCCCUUCUACCAGCUACCUCCCAAGGUCCAGCACUAUAAUCCCAGUCAGCUGCUGAUGAGCCCAACUCCUCCGGGUCUGCAACAACUACUUGAUAACAUCAAAGUCCAGUACCUCCAAUUUAUGGCUCACAUGAAGACUCCUCAGUAUCGCUCCAAUCUGCAGCAGCUUUUGGAGCAGGAGAAGGAAAAACACAGGGAUUUGUCAGGACAGGCAGAGCAGCUCCAUUUGGUGUGUCAGUCUCACAAGGACAAGAUUAAAGGACUCUUCCAAACCAAACUAGACGAGCUUGGAGUCAAAGCUCUGACUGUGGAGGACCUCAUCCAGGCUCAGAAGGAGAUAUCAGCCCACAACUGUCAGCUAAAAGAGCAAACCAAGCAGCUUGAAAGAGAAAUGGUUUUCCUGAGGGACCACAGUCUGCUUCUGCUCAAGUCUCGAUGCGAGGAGCUGAAGCUAGAUUGGGGAUCUCUGUGUUUGGAGAGUUUGUUGAAGGAGAAGCAGGCGCUGCGCAGACAGAUUUCUGAGAAACAGAAGCACUGCCUGGAGCUGCAGAUUAGCAUCGUUGAACUGGAAAAGAGUCAAAGGCAACAGGAACUGCUGCAGCUCAAAUCCUACAGCCCUCGUGAUAGCUCCCCCUACAGGAAGAGUCUGGAGUCACGAGGCUCCACCGACAUGGACUCUUCUAGGCUCGGCCUGUCGUCGGCCCCAGCACUGAACGGCAUCAGCCCGGAGCUUUCGGUCAAUGGGACGGGCUCGCCAUGCUUCGACCGGGCUAACGCAAAAGCAGAGCUUUCUCGCUACCUUCCCAUCUCUCCAGACCACGACGCGGUGGCCGCCGCCUCCGAGGCGCGACAGAGGCAGCAGAGCUCCUCCCAGCCUGAUUACACUCGCUUCUCCCCUGCCAAGAUUGCCUUACGGAGGCACCUGAACCAAGACCCCACUGCCUCUGCUCACUUAAGAGGAUCGGGCCUAAUGACGUACAGGGAACUGGGAGGUGUUAACUCCCCUCAUGGAGCCAAACAAAACUGUCCUUCUCCCAAUUCAUCUGAUUCUCAGUGUAAUGUGAAAAUCUCUGACAGGAUCGGUAAGGAGAGGAGUCCGUCAGUUCAGGGUGACAGCAUCACUAGCCUUCCCAUCAGCAUCCCUCUGAGUACUGUCCAUCCCAGUAAACUUCCAGUCAGCAUUCCGCUGGCCAGUGUGGUGCUGCCCAGUCGGGCUGAGAGACUUAGAAAUACUCCCAGCCCUGUGUCUCAAUCAGGUCAGACCAAUGGAUACUCAUGUAGCUCAGGGCUAAUGAAUGGAGGUCCCCACCCUGAGGACCACAAUGGUGCUUCUUUAUCACCUCUUCCACACAGCAACAGUCCUCUGACAGGACCAAUGGGUCGAGGCGGUCCCAUCCAGAGCCCGUCGCUGAGCACCGGAGGGGUGCUCCACUAUGCUGACGGACCCCCCAGGAUUCUACCCGAAGACGCAGCGGAGCGCCAAGGUGAGGAAUCCAACACGGAGCUGCGAGACGGUGACCCGCCGAGGAAGAUUUUCUCGCUGUCUUCAUCUCCGUCUUCCUGUUUGUCAGGCAACGGGAAUUGCGUGGCUGGAGGAUCACGCCUUCAUCAUCACGCUGGCUCGACCAAGCAGGGAUACCACAGUAACCAUGGGAACCACCACCACCAGUCUCCGAGCACGCAGCACGCACACACUCCAACACACACGUCAUCCUCCCACAGCUUCGGCUCUCAGGAGGGGCGGAGGCGCGGUAGGAGGAAACGCGGCUCCACCGGAGCGGCGGCCAGCGGAUCCCCGAAGAGGCGCUCCUUCCCCGGGGUCAGCUCCAACAGCCACUCAUCAGGAUCCCCACUCAACAUCAACUCCAUGGUGAACAACAUCAACCAGCCUCUGGAAAUCUCCGCCAUUUCUUCUCCAGAACAAUCAAGCCGCAGCCCCCACGGUCCCGACCUGGACCAGCCCCCAGUCUUGAAGAGAGAGCGCCCCCUGGAGCUCAACGGUACCGGUCGAUACUCGACCGCUCCCAGCUCGGACGACGAGGACUCAGGAUAUCCUCCCGACAGCUCCAGUUCCCGCAUUGAAAGAAAAAUAGCCACUAUAUCACUGGAGAGCAGAGAUGGCCAUGGUAGACUGGGUGAUGGGGAACGAGGAAGGAAAUCUGGUAGCAGCAGUGGCAACAGCACAGGCAGUGAGGCCUCCUCUUCGUCCUUUUGUUCAAACAGCAAGUGGAAAUCAACGUUUUCCCCCAUAUCAGACCCCAAGCAACCCAACUCGGACCUCAGGCAGGGGGGCUCCCCGUUCAGCACGGGGGGCUCGAGCCGAAGCACAGACUCCGACUCGGACUACAAGCAGCAGAAUGGGAGGAAAGCGGGCGACGGGGAUUCCUCCAGCUACAUGACCCCCAACCCUUUCCUCAGUCAGGAGACGGGAACAUGGGCGGUAGCCAGCAACGGCGUCCAGGGAGGGACCGCUUCGGACCAGCGGCAGGUCCUUCAGAAGCAGAAGGGCCCGCGCGACUGGGAGCUGAAGACCACCAGCAGCAUGGCCAGUCAGAACCUCUUCAUCGCCGCCGCUGCCGCCAGCAACGGAGGCGGCAUUCUGAGCGGGAAGGUUGGGGGCAGCCCUGUGGCGGUGUCCUCAACCACCGGGUCAGUGAUGGGGCAGUACCUGGGCUCCCAGUUCCCACUUGGAGGAGCCUCGGUCCUGCAGUCCUUGUUCGGGGCCCAGACGGGUGUCACUGUGAACGGGACCUCCCGGCUCGUGAACGGACACUCUGCCCUCGGCGGCUUCUCCAGCGCAGGGCUGGCAGGGGGAGCAGCAGGAGGUAUUUUUCACCAUGUGGUUCCCUCAGCGUCCUCCCAUCAGUUUGGGGCGACGCUGUCCACCUCUGGAGGCCUCAGCUCUCUGCUCAGUCUCUCCUCCUCUUCCUCUGCCUCCCCCCAAACCCAGCAGCACACCACCGCGUCGCCUGCCCCCACGCGCCUGACCUCCGUGUCUUCAUCUGCCCCACUCUCGCUGUCCCAGGCCCAGCACAGCCGCACGCAGUCAGUGCUGCACAGCCCCUCCCCUCCCACUCUCUUGCUGCCCCCUCCACCGCCCCUUCACAGUGUCCCUUCCUCCUCCUCCUUGUCCUCCUCAGCCUCCACACACCCUGACGUCUCGCCGUCUUCUAGGUCAGAGCCCCUCCACCCCUCGCGUCUGCCCCAGCCGUCCCUCCAUCACCAGCGAAUACACUUAUCUCUCUCGCUUUCCAUCACCACCACCUCCACUGCUUCAACUUCUGUCUGCACCACUGUCGCUGCUUCCCCCUCCCUCCCCUCUUCGUCUCUGUCCACCUCGUCCUCGUCUCGUCCAUUCGCAGUGCACUACUCCCCCCGGCUGCCCCUGCACCCACCGCCGAGCAUCUCGGGCGGUGGCGGGAGCAUGUGGAGGACUCAGGGCAUGCAUGGGCCCCACACCGCCGCCCAGAUCCCCGGCUCCCGACCCAGAUAGCGUUUGGGCCAAAGGGCAGUGGGGAGGAGGGGAUGAAGAGGGGAAGGGCGGAGGGCGAUCAGAGGGUGGAUAGAGAAAGAUAGGGAGAGAGAGACAGAGACAGGAUACCUGUUUUCCCUGUUUUUCUACCAGCUGUUGUUCAGAAUGAACAAGGUAAUUGAUGCGAACUACCUCAGCAACAACUAUGCAAAUGUCCAGGCGUGGACCAAGGCACACUCCUCAUUUACUGGUGCUUCAAACUGUCUGCACUACCCAACCGCCUCCAAGACCGGCUUCUUACGGGGAAAAUCUGGGACGCGCACACACACACACGCACGCACCCACACACACACACACACACACACACACUCACACUAAGGACCACUGUGGUCACCUGGAGCAGAAUCCACAGUGGAGAGUUUUGUUUCUGUUUGAUGAAUGAAGAUUUAAAAUCUGAAAGUCAGCCGUCGGAGAGAGAGAAAUAAUUAUCAGUUUCAUCUUAAAGGUGCUCAGAUAUGAUUCUGGUAUAACAAGGAAGGAAUAAAAUCCUUUAAACAAAUGAAAUCACAGCAUGAAGCACACAUCCUGUCAGCCGAAUCAGGUGCCGCACUCCUUCCAAAGCUUCACUUCAUGAGUGUGUGUGUGUGUGUGUGUGUGUGUGUGUCUGUGUCUGUGUGUGUUUGUACACUGAAACACACAACCCAGAGCCAGUCGACUGAACUGGGCUCGGAUAUCAUGCAGCUUUUGCCUCACUGCAUGCAUCUUCUCUUAUCCAUUCUUCCCUAUGAAGUUGAGCAUGUGUUGCUUUUUUUUUUUUUUUCUUAAGAAGCAAGAUGAGGAUCAUAUGGUUUAACUUCACACUGGAUAUUGGGACGCAAAUGUUCCAGUCUUGGGUGGGUAAUUUGACACCCUGAUAUGUUUUCUAAAAACCAAAAAAAACAAAAAGAUCAUUUUGAGUUCUUGAUGCAUUGAUUAUGAAUUGAAAUUCAGCCGGAGUCAAAUUAGACAUUGGAAUGAGGUGUGAUUGACUGUAUUUUCAUCUAAUAUCAAGCGUUUAGCAUAUCAGCAAGGCUUAUUUUGUGAUGCUUAUCACAGUUCAGACAUUUCUCCUCUUAAUAAUUGAACUAAUGAAUGAAAAGUAUGGAAAACAUCUGUAGAUGUUGCAACAAUGUUCUUGAUUUUUAGUCCUGGGCAUUCACAUUACCAGCCGAGUAUGUUUCAAUCUAAAAAGAUGAAAUGGAAAUGAAAUUCACUAAGUCACACGGCUCUCUAAGAAGGCAGCUGCUCUGCAGCGGCGGCUCGUUGUCGGAGUUUAGUUGAAGUUUGUGAAAAAACUUCAGAGCAGGUGUACAGAAUUAGAGAAUUCAACUAGCUUCUCUAUUUAUUAAGAUUUCUGUUUCUAAGUCAGUUUGAUUAAGUCACACUACUACUUGGAAUCAUUUCUACAGCCAGGUUUUUUUGUUUUUUUUUAAACAGAACUUAAGCUAAAUUUUGCCCUAUUUAUCUCUACUGCGCUUGGUGAAAACAACCACGCACACAUACACAGGCAGACAUGCAAAACCCUCGCACACUGGCACAAAAAACAAACAAACAAAAAAAAUUUAGUGACCACAAGGAACUACUGGACUCCCUUCACACAUUUGUUUGCUUGUUAAUUGUCUUUUUUUAUUAUUAUUAUUUGUUUGUAAACAAUGUUUGUACUGUGAAUGUGAUUCAUUCUCCAACUGUAUAGUUGUGAAUAAUUCAGAAGAUUAUUAUUUAUGCUGUCCGUCUCUCCUUUUUGCCUUGGUGUUUGUUCUUCACUUUGAAUUGUGUUGACAAAGUAGAAUGCAAUAGUGUGUGUGUGUGUGCGUGUGCGUGCGUGCGUGGGUGUGUACUUGACUCACAGUCUGAAAACAAUGGUGCUAAGUUUGGACUGUGCCUGAUCUUAUUUAUUGUAAAUUGAAAUCAGAAAAAAAAAAACACAAUUUGAAUACUUGGUGCUCUACACAGGGACAUUCGUUAGGCUGUAUUUUUUGGCAUUUAUUUUCUCAUAUUUAAUAUGCUAUUGUUUCAAGUUUUUAGCCUAGUGUACAGCAGUAGACGCCGCCUAAUGAUGAUAAAGCUCUCUAGUAGCUGCCUCAUAGUCUGAGUAAAAUAGGUGUCGAUGUUUCUCCUACAGGGGGUUUUCAUAUAGAGUCGGACUGCUUUUUUCUCUCAGAAGUGAGCUUCUUUUCUCUCAGUGAAUAAGACACACUGUUUUUCUAUUUCGUCUUGUUGUUAUAAGUCUCCAUCAAAGUUUUAUAAAGUAUGUAUCUAUUUACAUUACAUCUAUAUAAGUAAAUAAAUAUAUAUGUAUAUAGCUAUAAAUACAAUAUAUACAUAUAUAUGUAUAUAUAGAGUAAUGAGGGAUGUUUGGUGCUCACAUUCUGACCCUUAUUUUCAGCCUGUUAAACAGGAGGCUUGAAGCCAAGCUGAGCAAAGCAUUACCACCUUGGGACCUUAAACAUGGCAGCGCAGCACCUCCUGAAUCCUCGUUAUGUAAACAAAACAGGACUAGAUACUCAAACUGUGUGUGUGUGUUCGUACUUAAGCGCUAACACACACACACAACACACACACACACACAGCGGUGCUGUAGCUUGGACACGCUUCGAAUCCAGCACUAGAACUGUUAUCACUUUAAUCAGGUGUUUUUAACUCUUUGUUUUCUUUGGUUUUGGACCCAGAUUCUGCAGAAGAAAAACAAAAUAAAAAGAGAAAGGAAGAAAGAAAGAAAUGGUGCUUCUGUUUCAAUGCAACGUCACUUCAGUUUUUACUGACUAGGUCUUGUACUGGUGCAUAAAAACGCCACGUCGGCGUCUUCUCCCACACUUGUCUCUUGAUCUCUUCCUGACGAGGCCGACCUUUGUCAAGUGACCGUGUUGUGCGACCGCGAGCAGACAUGCUGAUGUAAAGUACUUUGUGUUGAGGAUCGAGAGCAGCAAUGCUUCCCUUUGAAACCUUAUAGAGGAAUUACACUUAAGCUCAGUUGCGUGUGGGUGCUGUUUUAAUUUUUUUUCCCUUUCUCCCCACUCUUACUGGUGCAUAUCUAAGGGAAGAAUAUUGAAAGCUUUAUGGUCAAAACCUCCUGUCCUGUGCACUCCCCACGUAAACCAAUGUUCUCACAUGUGAGUGUUUAAACGAACAGAAGUCAUUUUCAGACGUAGUUAGAGACUAGUCCAUUUGUUACCAGCACUGAGAGGUAUUUUGUAAUUAUUGUUGAUGCUGUUUGGAUUUUUGUUUUCUCUCUCUCUCUUCCUAUUCUUGGUGUUUGAUACAAUUGCAGUUACAUGUAAUGCUUUUUAUGGUGUAUGCAGAUUCCUGUCAGGUUUUAUUACUACUAUUCAGACGGACAGCACGGUGCUCUCCUUCACUUAACGUAAAGAGUUGCAGCUUUUGAUAGAUCCUACCCUCCUCCUGUUGUGCUGCAGGGUUUCAUGGUUCCAACAUGUUCAACCUGAGCUCACUUUGUUGCUUUUCGGACGGCCCGAUCCGACUCUCAGGGCUUUCCCUUGGAGGUGAUUUGAUGCAUGUGCCGCUAAGAAAAGUCUGUAUGACUGUAUCUGUAUGACGCUCAGUACAGCUUUCAAUCAGUUUUGUAGCUAACGCGCGCAGUAAUAUUUGAAAUUCAAGCUUUUUUUUUAUUUUUUUUUUUUAUUUUAUUUUAUUUUUUUUGUUUUUGCAAUACUCCUGGUACGUCUUUGGUAGAUGUGAGUUUUUGCACUCAAUGCUGUUUACUUCGAAUCCUGCCAAAGGUCUUAACUCAGGAACCUUCCAACAGUUUUCUAGAAACAACUCUUUUGUUUCUUUUUAUAAAAGGGACUGGAGUCCCAGUAGAAUCGAAGCUCAGGACAAAUUAACUCUGUGAGCAUGCUUUAAAGCAAAAAUAAAUAAAUAAA